UUUAGCUGGCAUUACUUCAAUUGACGCAAUAAAAUAUUUCUUAUCUCCACAAUAGUACCUAUUAAGAUACCGGAAUCGUUUUAUAGCAAAACGUAUUUGCAGUGUAAUCCCGCUGAUUUAUCAACUACAGUUGAUAAAUUGUUAAAAUAAAACAUCUGCUAGUCUUUAGUGUUAAUAUAGAAAUUAUUGUUAAAGUGAAUUCUCUUCUAAUGUGAGGAUCCAAGGUGUUGAUUAAAGCUAUCUGAUCACGCUUAGCUGCUAAUUUGUUAAAAUUAAAAAAAAAAAAAAAGAAUGACUGCGCAGAAGAAGAAUAAUCCCAUUGAAGAAGCUAAUCUCUUCAGCAGAUUGUGUUACUGGUGGACAGUGAAAUUAUUCAGUAAAGGAGCGAAGGAUGGAAUCACAUUGGAGGAUUUGUUCACUCCAAUAGCUUCAGAUAGGUCGAAAUUUUUAGCUGACAAAUUGGAGCACGCAUGGCACAUUGAGUUAACAAAAUUGGAACUCACUGAAAGUAAUCAAAAUGAUAAGGACUCAACCACCACCAAAUCACUAAGACCAAGUCUUCUCCACGCAAUAAUCCGCUGUUUCGGCAUGCAAAUUUUUAUCUUUGGAAUAUUUCAAAUGCUUAUCAAUGUGAUCCUAUUUAAUUUGCAACCAAUCAUCCAGAACUGGAUCAUCGAGUACUUCGAUGUCAAUAACACGUCAAUCACGCAAAAUAAUGCACUUGGUUAUGCCGGUGCACUUACAACUGUAGCUUUGUUGCUAACAUUCAUAAUGCACCAGCUCAACUAUUUUAGUCAGAUCAUAGGAUUGAGAUUCCGAGUCGCCUGUUGCUCGUUAAUUUACCGCAAGAGUUUGAAGUUGAGCAAACCUGCUUUGGAUAAAACUCCUCCAGGUCAGAUAAUCAAUCUCUUGAGUAACGAUGUCAGUCGAUUUGAUUUGAUUCCAAUGUUUAUAAAUUUUCUAUGGAUAACGCCUUUACAGAUUUUCGUAGUAGGAUACAUAGUCUGGCGCAACAUCGGAAUCUACACUCUGGUAGGCUACGGCGUGUUAUGCUUAGUAACAAUCCCGAUGCAAAGCUACGUCGGAAAGAUCUCUGGAAAACUUAGGAAAGUAACUGCUAAGUUGACUGAUCGACGGGUCCAACUUAUGAGUGAAUUAAUCUCUGGGAUUCAGGUGGUGAAAAUGUACGCUUGGGAGAAACCGUUUAACAAAAUUGUAGCAAUGAUUCGGCUGGAUGAGAUCAAACAGAUCACCCGAUCCAACAAUGUGCGAGGUUUGUACUCUAUUUUGUCAGGAGUUAGUCAAAAGAUCAUGGUGUUCGCGACACUGGUGACGUUCAUUUUCGACGGAAAUGUACUUGAUCCAAGGGUAACGUUCCAGAUCGCGGUUUACUUUAACAACCUUCAAAUACACAUGGCACUUUGUUACCCAAUGGCAAUUAUUCUUUUAAUUCAGUCGAUUGUUGCAAUCAAGCGAAUUGAGGAAUUUCUUCUGCUGGAGGAGGUCAAAGAAAACACAAAGGCUUUGGACAUCAGAGCACAGAUGCCUGAAAUUGUUGAAAGUAGUGUAGAGAAUAAAGCCAACCCGGGAGCUGUAGUUGUCAAGCUGGACAAAGUUUCAGCGAAUUGGAAGUUCGGGCAAUUACCUCCAACACUGUGUGAUGUCUCACUGAAGAUCAACGGAGGAGAACUUUGUACUCUUGUAGGUCCAGUCGGUUCGGGUAAAAGUUCUUUGCUCAAUUUGUUCCUGCAGGAGCUGCCAGUCGGUGCAGGCAUGGUUGAACUCUUCCAGUUUUCUGAUGAAGGGUCUGCUGGAGCUAAGUCUAAGUCGGGAUUUUCACAGGACAAUCCAGCGAUGAGGAUAUCGUACGCUAGUCAGGACUCUUGGCUUUUCACGGGAAGUGUCAGAGAAAACAUUCUCUUUGGGCAAGAGUACGAUAAAGCGCGUUAUCAAGAGGUAGCGAAGGUUUGUUCUCUACUGCAAGACUUCAAGCAACUGCCAGAAGGUGAUCUGACGAUUGUCGGAGAACGAGGAGCUUCCCUUUCUGGCGGUCAAAGAGCGAGAAUAAAUUUGGCCAGAGCUAUUUACAGACCAGCUGAUUUGUAUCUUUUGGAUGAUCCGUUGAGUGCUGUUGAUGCGCGCGUAUCUCGACGACUCUUCCAAGACUGUAUCCUUGGCUACCUCAAAGGCAAAACCCGGAUCCUCGUCACUCAUCAGCUCAAUUAUCUUAUGCAAGCUGACACCAUCGUCGAAAUCGACCGUGGUACCAUCAAACAUCAUGGCACUUUCGAAGCUCUUGCAGAAUCCGAUUCUGAAUUCAUUAACAUGCUGAAUAACUUGAACAACGACAAAAACAAUACAUCAAAAGAGACUGAUAUAGUCCCAGGUACUGACAAGAAGAGUAGUUUCAUCAGAGAGCGCAGAAGAUCUUCCCAAAUUUCGAUCAAAUCUCAAGACAGUCAUCGAUCUAUGCCCAGUGAAGACUUGAUCGAUAAAGAUGAAGCAGGUGAGGUACCAGAUGAAGUGAUGGACACGGGAUUCAUUUCCAAGGAUGUUUACUUUCGUUACUUCCGCGAAGGUGGUGGAAUAAUUGGCUCGAUAUUGCUCGCUCUUAUAUUCAUCAUCGCUCAAGUUUCGUCGAUUGGUGUCGACCAAUGGCUGACCUACUGGACAGCAUUGGAAACAUACAGACCCUGUCUUCAUGCAACGAUAACUAGUUGUUCAAACGUUGGAGCCGGGCCCAACUCUCUUGUCAAUAACACAAUCUUUACACCGUGGUUGGGCAGUGAUGGUUUGCUGCCUGCUACGACUGCCAUUUACAUUUACUUAGCGCUUCUCAUCAUUUUCACGGUUCUGUCGGUAUUGAAGUGCUAUUGCCUUGUUGCGAUUGGUAUGAGAGCUGCUCGGAAGCUGCACAAUCUUAUGUUCAAAAACAUCCUUCAAGCAACGAUGUAUUUCUUCAAUACGAAUCCUUCUGGACGGUUAUUGAACAGAUUUUCAAAGGACGUAGGUGCAAUGGAUGAAUUACUUCUACCAUUUAUGCUCCAAGCUUUCCUUAUCCUUUUCGAUGCCGCUGGGACCAUUGUAAACAUCAUGGUGGUCAAUCCUUGGAUGAUCAUUCUGACAUUGAUUGCUGGUAUUGUUUUCUAUAUCGUAACUGCGUACUAUCUGACAACUGCUCAAGAUGCCAAAAGAUUAGAAGGGAUAACGAAGAGCCCUGUGUAUACCCUCGUGAACACGACAUUAAAUGGCUUACCAACAAUCCGAAGCCGAGGAAAAGAUGUUGAAAAUAUGUUACGCAAUCAGUUCGAUGAUUUUCAAGAUCAUAAUUCUGGAGCAUGGUAUAUACUGAUAGGAACUGGUUCGGCGUAUGGAUUCAGUAUUGAUAUGAUCACUAGCACGUUUAUAUCUAUUUUGAGUUUCACAUUGAUCCUUAUUAAUCCUGUAAGUACAUUUGGAGCAUCAGUCGGGCUAGCAAUAUCUCAAGCUUUAUCACUUACGGGAUUGCUUCAAUAUGGUGUGAAACAAGCAACGGAGGUACAAUCACAAAUGACAGCUGUCGAGAGAAUAAUUCAGUACACUGACUUGCCGAAGGAAGGUCCUAUAGAAUCGUCGAAGCAAUUGCCCGAUAACUGGCCAUCUAAAGGCCGACUUCAGUGGAAGAAUGUUUAUCUCAGUUACAAAAAAGAUGAUCCUGCUGUCUUAAAGAAUAUUGAUCUGAUGAUCGAGCCAGGCUGGAAAGUUGGGGUUGUCGGAAGAACUGGCGCUGGAAAAUCAUCCUUGAUAUCUGCGCUCUUCCGACUAGUCGACGAUGGUCUCCAGGGGCAAAUAAUUAUUGACGGUGUAGACACUAAAACAAUCGGGCUUCAAGAUUUACGAUCGAGCAUAUCAAUAAUUCCACAAGAGCCUGUUUUAUUUUCCGAGACACUGCGUUACAAUCUCGACCCCUUUGGGAAAUACACCGAUAAAGAAAUUUGGGACGCUUUGAGGGAAGUUGAAUUGAGUGACUUGGCCCUCAACCAAUGGGUUACCGAAGGCGGAACAAACUUCAGCGUUGGUCAGCGUCAGCUAAUUUGCCUCGCUCGCGCUCUGCUGAGAAACAAUCGGAUUCUAGUUCUCGACGAAGCCACCGCCAAUAUCGACUCUCGGACUGAUGCAUUGAUCCAAAAAGCUAUCCGUUUAAAAUUCGCGGACUGCACAGUUAUAACCAUAGCUCACAGAUUGAAUACAAUCAUCAACAGCGACAGGGUUCUAGUAAUGGAUAAUGGAUGUGCUGUGGAAUUUGAUGCGCCUUACGAAUUAUUAAUGAACAAAUCCAAUAGCAUGUUUGCGAAAAUGGUUGAACAAACUGGACCAUCAAUGGCCGCUACCAUAUUACACGAAGCAAUUGAAUUUCAUCAACAGUCAGAAGCACUGUUGGGUCAAGUUGAUCUCAAUUUUCCGGAUAAACACAAUUCUUCAUCAGAUUUAUAAAAAAAAAAAAAUUAGAAAAACGGUAGACCCUGAAGGCCAUCCAUGCAUCUUCCCGCUAAUUUCAUACC